AACUACUGAAUGUCUAGUGAUUAGGAAAACUACGUGAGAAGCCCAGUCGAGCAACGUGGAUUUUUUUCUGCCAGAAGUCUUCGGGUUUGGGGGUUUUUUUUCUUUGCCUACUGUGCACCCUUAGACACUUCACUCUUGUGCCAUGUUCUGUGGCUCUCAACCUAAGAGGAAUUUGUCUUGAUGAAGAUUCCUAACAUUGGUAAUGUGAUGAAUAAAUUUGAGAUCCUUGGGGUGGUAGGUGAAGGAGCCUAUGGGGUUGUACUUAAAUGCAGACACAAGGAGACACAUGAGAUUGUGGCCAUCAAGAAAUUCAAAGACAGUGAAGAAAAUGAAGAAGUCAAAGAAACCACUUUACGAGAGCUUAAAAUGCUUCGCACUUUGAAACAGGAAAACAUAGUGGAACUGAAGGAAGCCUUCAGAAGAAGAGGAAAGCUGUACUUAGUGUUCGAAUAUGUGGAAAAAAAUAUGCUUGAAUUGCUAGAAGAAAUGCCAAAUGGAGUUCCACCUGAGAAAGUAAAAAGUUAUAUCUACCAGUUAAUCAAAGCAAUUCAUUGGUGUCAUAAGAAUGAUAUUGUUCACAGAGAUAUCAAACCAGAAAAUCUCUUAAUAAGCCACAAUGAUAUUUUGAAGCUGUGUGAUUUUGGUUUUGCUCGAAAUCUUUCCGAAGGAAGCAACGCUAACUACACUGAGUAUGUGGCCACCCGAUGGUACCGCUCACCUGAACUCCUGCUGGGAGCCCCUUAUGGAAAGGCUGUGGAUAUGUGGUCUGUAGGCUGCAUUCUUGGGGAGCUUAGUGAUGGGCAGCCAUUAUUUCCUGGAGAAAGUGAAAUCGACCAGCUCUUUACAAUACAGAAGGUGCUAGGACCACUUCCAUCAGAGCAGAUGAAGCUUUUCUACAGCAAUCCCCGUUUUCAUGGGCUUCGGUUCCCUGCAGUCAACCAUCCACAAUCUUUGGAAAGAAGAUACUUAGGAAUUUUAAGUAGUGUUUUGCUUGACCUUAUGAAGAACUUGCUGAAACUGGAUCCAGGAGAUAGGUAUUUGACAGAACAGUGUUUGAACCAUCCUUCAUUUCAAACCCAGAGACUCAUGGAUCGCUGUGGAAGUUCACCUUCACGGACAACUAAGAGAAAAUCCUAUCAUGGGGAGAGCAACACAUUGUCAAACAGAAAUCAAGCCAGCAAAAGUGCUGCUUUGCAGUCGCAUCACAGAUCGAACAGCAAGGAUAUGCAGACUCUAGGGGUUGGACUACAAAGAGGAGAAGAGGUUCUACCAGCAAAUGAAAGCUUCAUAAAUGGAAACCUCACGGGAGCUGCACACAGUCCAAUGCAUGCAAAAAAACCAAGCAACCCACCUGGAUCUGGCAGCAAGGACCUAGCCAAUAAUAACAUCCCACAUCUUCUCAGUCCAAAGGAAGCAAAGACAAAAACAGAAUUUGAUUUUAAUGUGGACCCAAAAGCUUCUGAUGGUCCAGGUACAAAAUACCUGAAGUCAAACGCCAGAUCUCAACAGAAUCGGCACUCUUUUAUGGAAAGUUCUCAAAGCAAAACUGGCACACUGCAACCAGGUGAAAAGCAUAGUCGCCAUAGCUAUAUUGAUACUAUUCCUCAGUCAUCCAAGAGCCCCUCAUAUCGGACAAAGUCCAAGAGUCAUGGGGUCCUGACAGAUUCCAAAUCUGUGGGUAAUCUUUCUGAGGCCAGAGCUCAAAUUGCAGAACCAAACAGCAGUCGGUAUUUUCCAUCAAGCUGCAUGGACUUGAACUCUCCUACCAGCCCAACUCCUCCUCGCCACGGUGAUAACAGAACUUUACUCAGCCCAUCGGGGAGGAAUAACCGAAGUGACAGUACCCUUGAUUCACGAAGACUGUCAACAAGACAUUCCAAAACCAUGGAGGAGUUGAAACUGCCAGAUCAUAUGGAUGGAAGCCAUUCACAUUCGUUAUCUGCCCCACAUGAAUCUUUUUCAUAUGGUCUAGGUUACACUAGCCCCUUUUCCUCACAGCAGCGCCCUCAUAGACACUCUAUGUAUGUGAGCCGGGACAGAGUGAGGUCAAAGGGCUCAGAGGGUGGCUUAAGCGUAGGGCAAGGGAUGGCAGCCAGAGCAAACAGCCUGCAACUGUUAUCUCCACAGGUGCAGCAUAGGUCACUCACCAGAUCUGUUGGCUCCUCACGUGAAGAUUGUACAGAAGAUACAAAUAGGCAGAGUGACCAGAUUCCACCAGAGAUGAAUCUGACAAGACCACCAGUUAAAGAUGCCUCCAGAGAUGUUACAACCUCAUUUCAUUCACGGCAAAAGUCUGAGGGUGGAACGUACCAUGAUCCACACUCAGAAGAUGGAGCAUCCACUAAAGAAAACAGAGUUCUAUAUAAUGACCCUAUUCCUAGAAGAGUUGGCAGCUUUUAUAGAGUUCCAUCUCCACGUCCAGAGGGUACAUUCCUUGAAAAUAAUGCGUCAAACAGAGCCCCUGCAAUACCAUCAGACAGCGGUACCGUGACAAACCACUCAAAGAGACAAACCACCUUUGAUACGUGGAAAAGUCCUGAAAAUGCUAACAGUCAUUCAGAGCAACUCAAGGAGAAAGAAAAGCAAGGCUUUUUCAGGUCAAUAAAAAAGAAGAAGAAGAAAUCUCAAACUACAGAAUCCACCAACGGCGAGAAUCCAAGCAUCAAGAAAUCCCUCUUUCCUCUUUUUAAUUCAAAGAAUCAUUUAAAGCAUAGUUCUUCUUUGAAAAAGCUUCCUGUAGUCACUCUACCCAUGAUGCCUAGCAGUGAUGGUCAGGAUCUUCUGGCAUUACAAAAAGCCAUUCACUCUUCUAAUCACCAGGUCAGCCGGCAGAAGGAUUGGCAUCCUGAGAAGAUGGCAGAAAUCCAAACUCAUAGCCAACCUUUAAAAUCCCUUCGAAAGCUAUUACAUCUCUCUUCCUCUUCAAAUCAUCCUGUUCCUCCUGAGCCCCGCUUCCAGCCCUUGCCUACUCAGCCAGCCAAAGCUACUUUUUCUGAAGUGCGAAUUCAUCCCAUGAGUCAGACUUCCAGCAGCAGCAACGUCCGGCAGGAGUCCCAGUCAAAAGGCAGACCGACACUCCAGAUACCGGGUCAAAUGGAACAAACAUGGCAUGUCUCCCCUGUGAACAGGAGCGCUAAUGAGGGAACACCUUACACCGAUCAGCUGCCUUCGAAGAGUGGACAGAAUGGACACACGUAUAACCGAACAAGCCGAUCGCGAAUGCCAAAUCUGAAUGAUUUAAAAGAGACAGCCUUGUAAUGGUACUCCAGAAAAUAUGCCAAUUCCACGUGGAAACUUGAGUAGGGGUGUUGUGGUGGUGCUGGUGAUGGUAAGACUGCAUUUUCAGCUUUAUAAAGGUGUGCAAUAUGUACAUGUGGAGCUAGCCUGUUUGGCACCACAUUGCUAGUCAGGGAUCAAACAGUAAAACAAGUUGAAUUAUUAAUUAUCAAUCAUCAGAAAUCUCAUUCAAUGAUAGAUGGAGUGUGCAAUUCAGGGAGAAGAAAUGUAUUGCCAUUUUCUCUCAUUUACAUUCCAGCUCAGUGCACAUCUCUGUCUCAAAGCUGGAGAAGUUUAGGUAUGCAUUGGCACUUAUAGGGUGAAAAAAAAUAGUGUCUAGACCUAUGCCCUUACUACAUAUUUUGCUGCCUAGUUAAACAGUGGGGUUUAUGUGAUAAGUGUAUCCCUGUUAAGGGUUUAAAGUUGAAUUGUAUGUCUUAAAUUUGUUUUUUAAACUUCCAUAUUUGAUAGAAUUUGUAAUAUUUAUUUAUGAUGAACCAAUAUCGUACUGUUAUAAUCAUAUCUUUUAUGUUCCAAUGUAAAGUUAUUUUGAGCUGUUUGAAACAUUGUGAAGCAGUGCAACAGCUACAGUAGUUUCUAUUAAAAAAAAAAAAAAGAACUAACAGUAACAUUUAUAUAUUGCAUCAGGAGUAUUUUAUUCUAUACAUAAAUAUAUAUAAAUGGUAAAUAACUGUCUGUUUUUUAAAUAUACUCAUUUAAAAGAAAAGUAUUGUUAUGACACUAUCUGCCAUAUUUUUAUACAUUUGUGAUAUAAAGUGCAGUAUUAUACUUCUAAUAAAAGAAAGUUGAAUGUGGAUAUGUGUGACUGUAACAGUAUGACUCUUGCUCCACUAUUAGAGCACAGUAUUAUAGGCAUUAUUGUCAGUAGCAAACAAAAUAGAACACUCCGUUCCAAAUUUUAUUAUAGGCUACUUGUUGGACGUAAUGGCUAGAUGUAAGAGACUACAGAACUGUACAGUAAUCUAAAUGCGGUAUAUUCUCCCCUAAGUGUGCACUUUGCUUCCCCAUUAGUGUGACGGGAAUUAUGCAUCUGCAUCAAAACCAUAAAGUUCUAAUAACACAUCUGAGACGGUGCCCCUUGGCCACAAGCUAAAGCAGAUGCUCUUCCACUUAAUUGUAGGGGUGAAGACCAAAGAAAUAUAGCAUGAGUUGCAAGUGAAAUGCCAAAAUUGUGACAUGUACACAUAGCAUGGCACUGCAGAUCAUGGUAUAAGCUUUUUUGCAUACAUAUAUUUUACAUUUUGUUUAGAAGUGUAUUUAACUAGAAAGAUAAACCUUGUACUUAAAUUUAAAAUACACUUGCACUUUUUUUUUGGUUUCAGCUAGUAAACUAAUGAUAUUCAAAUGUAGAAGAGGGAAGGUUGCCAGGCAGCUUAAUUUCUCUUUGGAUUCUCACUACUAGAACAUUCCUAUUCACAGUUGGUUUCCAUUUCUACAAAAUAUUAGAUCUGAGGUUCAUGGCAAUUCAAAGAGCUGCCUUUAAAACGAAGGAUUUUAUGCAUAACAAAUGCAGGGUCUGGUUCCCCUCUCUUACACUGGGGUAAAUCAGCAGUAAUUCACAAGUAGUCAAAGUUGAACUAGUGUAAAUUUGGCUCAAGUGAAAGGAGAAUCUUGCUUGUAGUGUCAGAACAAUACAGUCUUUCCUAUAUUUGAACUCAGCACUUCACUUCUUACAUUACUCUGAAGUGUAGUUCAGUUUUUGUGAGUUGUCAUUGUAAUAAUUGUGCUUACAAGUAUUCUGUCCUUUCCAAAAAGAGACUAGUCUAAACAUGAAUUUGAUAUUCCAACCACAGAAAUAAAUGCAGAUGUAGCCAGCUAGCUCCUCCUUCAUUAGCAGUGCAGAAGGACAUUAAGUUCCAUACCUCCCAAUCAUACCAGCAUUCUCAGACCGUACUACAAUACAAUUGGCAUCAAUACUUGUAAAAGAUGGCAAAAUAUAGAGUACAGUGUGAAGUAUGGUAUUUCAGGUUUUCAUAGGACAAAAGCAGUCAGUAAUUCUGACUAGCAGACAGUAAAACAAGAAUUCUUUAUUCCUCUAUUGCUGUAAGAAAUGUCCAUGUGUUUUUUCAUAUGAUAUAGAAUAUAGGGAAACAUUACAUAUUAUGUAAAAUAUACCAGUGAAAGGGUGCUUUUAUGUUUGGAUGGGCACAGUGGACAUCUGAGAGAGCAUCUGAGGUUGUUCUUAACUGAUUAUCAUUGUAGCUAUUUGAUUUAUAAUAUACUGAUUGUAACCGUUUCAAAGAGAGGUCUUUCUGUAUCCACCAGUUCACUAUGGUUGAGUUAGCUCUGCUCUCCAGUAGGAGCUGACUGAUAUCCUAGAAUUCCCCUACAAAAACUUUGGUGUUAGUUUGAGAAUGGGGCUCUAAGCAGUACCAUAUGAAUGUCUGCAGGACUGGUAGUGUUCAGAUUUGGCUAGUCUGUCCUUCACAUUCUUUCCUUUUUCAUUGAAUAAUACAGCACUUGCAUUUUGUCUCUAGAAGACUUCUUACUUAGCUGGUAGGAGCUUCACGCUUGGAUGAUUGGUCAUUAUGGUCAUUCUGAUUCAUAGCAGGAAUUAAAACUUCCAGUGGAUUUUCACUCAGCAUCCACUGAGCUAAAUAAGAGUGAUUACUGAUUGCACCUUCAGCUGUUUAAAAUGCUUAUUCCAGAUUCAAGUUUGAGCCAGGAGGCAGACAAAAUAAUUGAUGGUCCAAAAACAUGAAGCUCUUGCCACCCUACACUGCAUCUUCCUCUUUAGAAACUUCAACAAGCCUUGAUAAAACUGAACAGUAAAUUGAGUUGACUGUAUGUAAUUCUCUUCAGUCUAUUUGAAGGGAUGAUGAACUUCUCGUUUAGCCAGCUGGUGUCAGAAUAAAUGUUCUCAUAUUUUCAGCUGGGUCUGAAUUCCCAGCCUUUAGUGUAUUGCUCAUAUAAUUUUACUAACACUUAAAAAGGAAACUUCCUAGGAUUUUUGAACUUCUCUAGCUCACCAAAAAAGAGAAAUGUAUCAUAGAGGAAUCUAUUUUUCAAUGUGAGCCUUUCUCCUGACUGAGGUCUCUUGGUCUAAUUUUGUUGUAUUAUAUAUAUAUUCUGUAGAUUGACUAAGGAUAAAGCAGAUAACUUAGAGAGUACGCUUUCUCUUCCUCAGCAGUCUGUUUUGCCUUAUGAUAGUGUACUAAUGUGAACAUAAAAGAAAUGAAUUUUCAAAAAGAUAAUUAAGGUGGUUUGUUCAUCUCGGGCUGCCUCAGCUUGCCUGUGAGUUGGUAGGAUUUAGUUGGCUCUUGGAAACUGAAAUGUAGGCUCUUUACUUGCAUCUUAAUUAAAAUUGUACUCUGUACCUGGCUAUAAAGUAUCUUCGCAGACUGUCAUUAAAAUUUGCUUGACUAGA